CACAUCAAGGAACCACCUUAAUCAGUGAACUUCUGUUUCCAGUUCUGGCUCUUCUCCUCUCCGAGAGCUUUUCCUUGCAUACGAUGUCCUGACGGCGCCUGGCCUUUAUUCUUCCAAAGUUUGAUAACGCGACAUGGAUCAGAAAGAACCGACGGCGCUGCAGAAGCUGAGUUCCUUCAGUAUCAAGAGUCUGCUGCUUCCCUCCAGAAAUGACAAGCACGACACGACGCGUCCCGAGAAGCACAAGCCGCUGUCGGGCCCCGCACCAUCUCUGGGCCCCGCGGAGAGAGCCAGAGACGCUGCGGAAGAGCCGAGCACCACUGCGAAGCUCGACAAGCCGCCGUUCAGCUACAACGCGAUGAUUAUGAUGGCAAUCAGACAGAGCCCCGAGAAGAGACUAACGCUUAACGGAAUCUACGAGUUUAUCAUGAGGAACUUUCCGUUUUACCGGGAGCACAAGCAGGGCUGGCAGAACUCCAUCCGUCACAAUCUGAGUCUCAAUAAAUGCUUUGUAAAAGUGCCCAGACAUUAUGAUGACCCUGGGAAAGGCAACUACUGGAUGCUGGACCCCUCGAGCGACGAUGUUUUCAUCGGCGGAACCACCGGCAAGCUCCGGAGACGCUCGGCCACCUCCAGAGGAAAGCUGGCGAUCAGACGGGGACUGCGGUUCUCCCCGCUGGGGUUGGGAAUAAACGAGACGCCACAUAAUCCUCUAUACUGGCAAAUAUCGCCUUUGUUUUCUUUACACCACCCGCACUACAGCGGAACGCCGCACGGAUUUCUGAAUCAAGGUCCUGGCUACGGUUCGUUCGUCCCUGGAGUCCAGCCGAGUUCUGGCGGUGCUCUGGGCCUGACGAACUCCUACGGGAUGGGUUCGUUAUCCGUCCCGUCAGGCUACCUGCAGCAAAACGCGUUCAGCUGUCAGCAGACGUUACUCGGCGACUCCCUGAGGACCACUUUGUCUUCGUUCUCACCGGCCGUUUCCAGUGGCUUACCUGGAGUUGUGUCCCACCGAGACAGAGUCUCUCCAGAUUCAUUUUAA